AUCUAGGGGGGGUACAUCGGCCCGUGGGGCCCAGGCCACGCCGCUGGGGAGGGGGAUCCGUUAAACGAUACUCAUAGCUGGCGCCCUCUCGGACCCGCCGCCGCUCUGUCCUCGGGGUGCUGGCUGGCCACACGCCCUGCCCUGAACGACACAGGCGCGUUCGGCGCCAUGCCGAAGAGGCCGCCGGCCCAGGCGGAGGGCGCCGAGUGCGACGAGCCGCGGGCCGCGCGGCGCCGGGGGGAUCCUCUCGCGGAUGCCGCCGGCGCGCCGCAGGAGGGCCGCCCCGACCGCGCGGCACUGCUGGCCUCGGAGGUGGUGCGGCGUGAGCGGGAGGCCCCAGCGGUGUGCGUCGACGUCGCGGUCGCCGCGGCGCUGAAGGGCGACGAGCGCCUGCGGUGGCUGCUGCGCGCGCUGGACGCCGCCGAGGGAGGAGAGGCGCGCGCGAGCGACGUGUACGACGUGGUCUCCCACAGGCGCUUCGGGGCCGGGGUUUCCCCCUCGCUCGCGGAGAGGAUGAUGGCAGAGCUGCGGAAAAGGUCCUCCCUCUUCUCGGAGAAGCAGCGGCAGUCUCUGCAGGACGGCCUCUUCGCGCUCGCUCUCACGGCUGCCGCCGCGGCGGCCCCUGCCAGCGACGAGCCGGCCUCGGCGAGUAGCCAGGCCAGCGAGAUCAUGAAGAGGUGCAUCGACUUUGUGCGGCAGAACGAGGCGACCAUCGAGGAUUGGCACCAGCAGCACUCCAGGACUUUCCAGGUGGAGCUCCACCGCAGCAGCCUCCAGGAGCUCUGGGGCUUCACAUGGUCGCGGGAGGCCUUCGACAGCAGGCGGCGCGUCCUGGAGGCGGUCUGCAGGCCCUCGGCCGCCUGGAACUGGCUGGCGCAGCGGCAGGCGGACCCGGACGGGGGGGAGAUCUUCCGGGUCGGCGACGAGCUCGUCGCGGUGAACGGCGAACGCUCGUGGGAGGCGAUGUGCGGCAUCCGGAGCCUGCUCAGCGCCACGCUGACUUUUGUGCACGCGCCCCCGCAGCGCCCAGAGCCGGCGGCGCCGAGCCCGCCCCGCGCCGAAGGCGCCGGGCCCGCCCCCGAGCCCCCACCGUUCACGGGGGGCGGCUACGCGACGGACGCGGGCAGCGGCUUCCUCGCCCAUGCUGGCGGGCAGUGGCUCUUCAGCGAGGCCGAGGGCGUGUACUUCCACGUCUCGGCGGAAGGGGCGACAGCGGCCGGCAGCGGGGACCCCGCGGCGGACCUGUUCUUCCACCGCUCGGAGGUGCUCGCUGGCGCGGAGGGCCCCGAGGCCGUUCCGCCCGCGCCGCUGCAGCCCGGGACGCCCGUGGCUUUCGAGCUUGGGGCCCAGCAGGGCGGCAAGCCCUGCGCCCGCCGCGUGCAGGUGGAGCCGGACCUGUCUGCGCUGUGCGGGGCGGCUUUCGGGGCAGGGGCGGCGGGGUGCUUCAGCUCGCAGAUCGGCGUGGACGCCAAAGGGCACGACGGGCGGAGUGGCACCGGCGCGUUCACGGGCGUGCAACGCCCGGCCAGCCGCCGCGCGAACGCGGGCGGGGCGGAGUUCGUCGCCAAGCACCUGCCCCGCGAGCUCGCGGCCGCGCUGCGAGGCCGCGAGCAGGGCGGGGAGCGGGGCGCUCGCCUGGCGCUGCAGGCGGCGCUGCGGCAGACGCAGCACGCCUUCCUGCAGUACGCGCAGCGGCUGAGCGAGAACUCCGCGAGCCUGUGGCUGUCCGCGGAGACCCUGGCCUGUGCCGCGCUGGUGCUCGGGCCCGACGCCGAGGGCUGGCCGCUGCUCCUCGUCUCCUGCGUGGGCGGUGGCCGCGUGCUCGUCGUCCGCCGGGACGGCUCGUGCGAGCGCGUGGGGGAGCCUCCGGCUCGGGGGCGCGGCGACGCCGGGGGGGCCGCACCCCGGGCCGCGCAGGACAGCCUCAAGGUCUUCGAGCGGGGGUUGAAGGGCCCGGAGAUCUCCUUCCCAGUGAUCCCCGGGUACGCCGGGCGGUCGAGGACCGCCGAGCCCAAGGGCUUCGGCGCCCACGCGUGGACGGAGAAGGACGGCAGCGCCGGGGGCCUGGGCUUCUCGCUGCACGCGCACCGGCUGAGCUGGGAGGAGCCGGAGGGCAGCAGCUAUCAGGAGAUCAGUUCUUCACGGCCGCGCAUGGGGCGCAAUGAGAAGGAUGAUCAGCGGACUGGAAGCCAGUACGAGAAGUGCAGGGGAUGUGGGUAUAAGUGGAACUGGGUCACCAGGUCUGAGUGCUACAAGUGCCAGAGGGGACUGCAGCCAGCCACCUCACAAGAGCGAGCCGCGCAGGGCACCUGGGGCCCCAGCGGUGCCUCUUCGCGGUGCCGCAGUCGCCCAUCGGUCAAGCAGAACCGUGAGGAGCUUCUCAAGCAGCUGCGGGCCACCAUCUCCGACGGCGACGCAGAGGCCGCCCAGCACCUCGAGGCGCUCGCCCGAGUGCACACUACAGAGGUGCACCCAGACGUCGCCCUCAACCAGGCCCAGGCGCGGCUCCGCAGGGCCGAGGCAGGGCUCAAGAGGACCAUCGACAGCAUCUCCGAGGGCGAGCGGUGGCUGCAGGACCAGAAGGAACUGCGGGAGAACUGGAUCCACGAGGUCGCCGACGCGGAGGCGGUGGUCCAGGAGGCCUACGCUAGAGCGGCGCCCAAGGCCGUCGCGCCUGUGGAGGAGCCCACGCCAGCCCUGGACCUCUCGCAGCUGCUCGAGGGCGACCUGGACAUCCUCAGCGUGCGGCCGGGCAAGGCCUUCGACCUCGAGGGGCUCGACAUCCCGCCUGAGGAGCACCGCCAGUUCGAGGAGCAGAUGGGCCAAUUCGUCAAGCAGGUCCAGACGGAGGUCAAGAGGCACUUCGGCCCAACGGCGGAGGGGCUCGCCGCGAUGCGAGCGGACCUCCAGGCCUUCAGCGACAGGCUCAAGAGCAAGAGGGCUCGGUCGGAGCCCCCCCCGCCAGAGGCAGCCGCAGCUCCCGCCGCAGCGGCGCCAGCAGGCAAGGCGGCAGGCAAAGGUGGCGCAGACCACAAGCAGCCAGGGGCGGCCGCGGCCACGGCUGGCGACGGUGGCGCCAGCGCCCACGCCGCGGUCGGGGCAAGGCUGCCGCGCGAGGGCGAGGAGCGCCAGCCGUUCCACACGCGCUGGCAGCCUGGGCCCAAGCGGGUCGCCUUCAUCGUGGGGACGUGCGUCCACGUCCCAGCCAUAGAGGAGGGCCUCGACAUCCUGGACGGGGACGGCGACAGCUCCUCCUCGAGUACCUGGGCACGGAGGGCGCUCAGGGGCGCGGACACGCUCCGCCGCCAGCAGCUCGCGCCGUGGCUCCGACGGCUGGGCGGCAGCUCAGCCUCGAGCACAGCCACGGACGCCACGGAAGAGGCCCCAGAGGCGCAGGUGUGGCGGGUGGUCGAAGCCUUCAGCGAUGAGCUCGUGGGACGGAGAGCCGCAGACGUGCGGGUGGUCGACGCCUCUCUGCACGAGCGCCCCCAGCUCGGCUCCCCUGACGAGGGGGUGGCCGAUGCAGCCCAGCUGGGGAGAGGAUUGCUGGAGGCCUCGGUCACGGGGCAGAGGGGGCGCAAGGCAAAGCCCGACAUGGACCUCAGCUCAGCCUCGAACACGGCCACUAACGCCUCGGAAGAGGCCCCAGUGGCGCAUGAGUGGCGGGUGGUCGAUGCCACCAGCGAUGUGCUCGUGGAGCCGAGAGCCGCAGACGUGCGGGUGGUCGACGCCUCUCGCAAGGGGCGCCACGCCAAGCCUGGCAUGGUGCUCAGAGGCCUCAACGGCAGCGCCAGGGGCACCCUCGUCGACCACUUGGACGAGAUGCCGCUGGGCAGAAACACCAUCAUGCUGGUGCAGGAGCACCGCCUCACCAGCGACUACGUCGGCGAGAUUAGUGCCAGCUGUUUCCAGAGGCACCUCACCGUCGCCCUCGCACCCGCAGCGGUGGGGCCAGGGGGCGGCAGAGUGGCUGGGGUGGGGAUCGUCGCCCCACGCUGCGUGGGCCUCACCUACCUCGAAGGCGUGGACACCUUCGACUUCUCGCCGCCAGGAUCGCCAGGAAGGCUGGUGGCGGCCUGGACCCCUGGGUUUCUUCGAGGAGGCCUCAUGGUCCUCAGCGCCUACUUCUGGGUCUCCGAGGGCUGGACCGUCCGCAACCUGUCCAUCUUGGACGCCAUUGGCGAGCUCGUGAGGGCCUGCGACAUCCCAUGGGUCCUCCAGGCUGACUUCAACAACACCCCCGACACGCUCACGGCCACGGGGUGGGUGGCCGACGUUGGGGGCACCAUCUUCUCCUCGGCCGCCCCCACCUGCCAAGGCAAGGGAGGCGGAAGGGUCAUCGACUACUUCGUGGUAGACACGCGUAUCGCGUCAGCCUUCGGUGCAGCGGAGGUGCUCGACGCGUCCACCGCCCCGCACAGCCCCGUCGCCAUCGCGACGGAGAGGUCACUGCGGGAGCGGCUAGGCUGGAGGCUGGUCAAGCCUCGGGCUUUCCCGACUCGCCUCCCCGUGGGUUGUCGGCGGGAGCCUCCAGCAUGGCCGAUCCUCGACAGUGGCGCAAACUACAGCGACGCCGAGCUGGAGGAGCUGUGGGCGGGGUUCUCGGCGGCGGCCGGGCACGACCUGCAGGGCAUCCACGACCUCGUCGGCGAGGCCGACUACACGGGCAGGGGGGGUCACCCCCGAUGGGCCAGAGCCCCGAUCGCAGGCCCAGAGGCGCAUGCGAGGCCCAGGGGCACCACGCGCUCCAGGGCAUGGCGCUGGGUGGCCAGCCGUGUCGGGGACAUCGUCUGGCUGGCGCAGGCGGCCCGUCAGAGGCGCGACUGGCAGCCGUGCGCCGACCAGUGGCGGCGCCUGCGCAUGCGCCUUCACCACGGGGCAGCCCGCUGGUGCGACGCGCUGGGUGACGACGCCAAGGCGGUGCACGCCGAGCUCCUCGCGCUGGGCGACCUCACCUGGGACGGCGACGCGCUCUGGGAGGAUGCCCCCAGGGCGAUGGAGCUGCAGCGUCGGGCCACGCAGCAGGCCCACGUCAUCGAGCAGGGACUCCGAGACCAGAGGGCCAAGGCGUGGCGUCAGAGGCUUAAGGGCGGCUCACAAGGAGGUGCAGGCUUCGUCCACCGCAUGUCGAAGUGGCGCCAGGGGGUCGACCCUACGCUUGGGGCCCGAGGGCACACCAACCUGGACAUGACGUGCCCUCAGGCCGCGGUCGACCUGGAGGCGCUGAAGUGGAUCGACCUCUGGACCUCUCACGGCGCCCAGAGCCGAGGCGAGCUCCCACGCCCCUGGGAGUCGGCCACUUUCGAGCAUAGCAUGGUCGAGCCGACGGCGGACGACAUCAGGUCCAUAUGCAAGGCCUUCCCAGAGCACACGGGGGUGGCCCCCCCCCAGCUGCGCUACGUGAUGUACUUCCUGCUGGCCAAGCAGGGUGGGGGGACUAGGCCCAUCGGCCUCCUCACCGCGGCCGCGCGGCUGGUGGAGCGCGCGCAUUCGCAUCAGCUCCAUGACUGGGAGCGGGAGAUUCGACGAGACUACGACUUCGCGGCGCCAGGCGGGGGCUCAGAGGAAGCGAUUUGGCAGCAAAUGUUGUUCGACGAAGGAGCCCAGCCUGGUGAGGUAACGGCUACGGCGGUCCUUGACCUAGAGAAGGCGUUCGAGCAUGUCACAAUGUACUUGCUUUGGGCUGAGGCGCCCAAGCACCAGUUUCGGUUGCAACUCUUGAAGCUUUUAAUCUCGAUAUACACGGCCAGGCGUUUUGUUUCUUUCCGCGGCGUGGUGUCGGUGCAUUCGGUCACCGCAUUCUCAGCAGUCAUUGCGGGUAGCAGCGGGGGCACGAGCUGCCUCAAGCUAGCCAUCUUGUCAGUCGUAGACGGGCUGGCGCAGGAGCACCCUGCCAUGCCGAUGAAGCUUUUUGUCGAUGAUUUAAGCAUUCAGGCCCGAGGUGUGGAGGCGGAUGUCUCGGCCUCGAUGCAUGCGGCCACAACCCAGUAUAUAGAAGAGAUGGAGGCCCGUGGGAUCCCAGUCUCCAGGGUCCGACCAGACAAGCCAACGGGCAAGGGGUUCAUCCUGACAGCGCAGCGCUCCUUGAGAGCCCGCAUCAAAGGUUGGGCCCACAGCCUUGGACUGGAGGUCCAGACCAGCAGCACGCAGCUCGGAGUCGACUCGGCGGGAGGAGGAGUUGUGUCGCUGCGCACCAGAGCCGAUGCCAGGAUGGGGAGCGCUAGGCGGCGUAGAAGUAAGUUAUCGAGUCUCGGCAAGCAGGGCGCGCGCACCUUUCAAGUCGCGCGCAUGGGAUUUCUCCCUUCUGUGCUGUAUGGGGCGGUCUGCCUCGGAAUGGACCCGACUCGGCUCACCCGAGCAAGGGCACUCAUGGCCUCGGCGCUGGGCGGGAACGCAAUCGGUAAGGACCGACUGCUCCGCCUGUGGACGCUGCGCUGCGACCCCCUGGUCGAUGCCUGCACGAAGCCACUGCUCAAAUGGGCGGAGGCUAUCUUUGCUGGCAGCCAUGAGGAGAUCAUGGCUGCGGGGUGGCGCAGAGCUGUCGCGGCGGCCGCUGCCGCCAAGCCUGGGAGCAACCCCUGGCGAUCGGCUAUCCUGGCCUACAUGGGCCGCGACUUCUGGACCCAGGACAAGGUCUGGCGAGCGGGUUUCGGGGACGACAGGCCACACGCCGACCUCUGGGGCAGAAUCUGGGCCCAGAUCCAGGACAGCUUCAGCCAGGAAGGUGAUUUCCAGGCCGUCAAGGUAAAAGCCCAUGCUAGCGGGCCAAAGGAUGACUCGCACGAGAGCUUUCUCGAUUUUCAAGGGAAUCAGUUGGCAGACUGUGAGGCCCGCCUUGGGGCCGACAUGCAGGGGGUUCCCCCGUGGAAGGCCCAGACCUGGACCACCCGCUCUGCGGAGGUCCAGGCGGUGUUGACUCUGGUGGCGGGGGUGACGGGGCUUACGGCGGACUUCGGGGAUUCCACGGGGGGGCCUGCCGCGGGCUCCAGCGGGCACCGCCUCUCGCUCCUGCGCCGAGGCAAAAAUCCUUACGCAGUGAAGGUCUCCCUGGAGGCAGAGCCGCGCUCCCUUGUACAGGAGGAGUGCGCAGCUUUCUGGGAGCGCCUCAUGGACGCGGGCGUGGCGGCCUCGGUGCUGGGCGCCCUCGCUGCAGACCCCUGCGGCGCGGAGCGGCCCGAGCAGCUGGCGGCCAGGCGGCUGCUGGAGGCCGCCCGGGGCGGCGCGGGCGGCAUGCCCGCCGACGCCGCCCUCGUGGUGCAGCGGCUCUCGUGGUGCCGGUGCUGCCUGGCCCGCGGCGGCGCCCCCGCGGCCCCGCCGCCGCGGGCCGAGGCCGCCGCCGCGGAACCCGCCGCGGCCUCGACCGCCGCCGCCGAGGCCGCGCCCGCCGCAGCCGAGGCCCCCGCGGGGGCGCCCGCGGCCCCGCGGGCCGUCGAGGCCGAGGCCGACAUGUUCGCCGGCCCGGCCGCCGCCGAGGCCGAGGACGACAUGUUCGCCGGCCCGGCCGCCGCCGAGGCCGAGGACGACAUGUUCGCCAGCCCGGCGCCGCGGGCCGCCGAGAGCGAGGACGACGUGCUUUCCGGCUCGGCCGGGGCGGCGGGCGGCUCCGCGGGGCCGCCGCGCCCGAGCAGGUCGGCGGGCCACUGGCAGGCGCUCGCGCGCACCCUGGAGCGCGUGGCCGCAGGGCAGGCGCAGGCGCCCGCGGCGCGCGGCGGGGGCUCGGACGCCGACGACGCGUUCGCGGAGUUCUGCCGGGAGGCCGAGCCGGUGGAGCUGGUGCUGCUGCCGCCGGAGGCCGCGACGACCUGCGCCGCCUACGGCUGCGUCGGCUACGCGCCCGGGCACGCCUGCCAGUGCAGCUCGGGCUGCGAGCGCCACGGGAACUGCUGCAGGGACUACUUCGCGGUCUGCGCGCCAGGGGCGUGCGCAGUGCACGGCUGCAGCCUAGAGAGGAGGCCGCACGGCUGCCAGUGCCACCCCGGCUGCGCGCACGACGGCGACUGCUGCCCGGACUACGUGGACACGUGCCGGGGCAGGGCUGCGGUCGCCGCCUCGCGGCGUGCCGAGGCGCCGCCCGCCAGCGCCGCCCUGGCCAGCGCAACCGGCACCUCCACCAUCGAAGAGGACGUCUACAGCGCCCCCGCGGCGGGGCCUGGCGGCUACGCGCUCUUCUACGAGGGAGACAACCCGCUGCGCAUCCAGGCGUCGGCGCGGCGGGAGGCGAACUACUUCCUCCUGCUCGGCGACUGGGGCACCCCGGGGGCGCCAGGCGGGUGCCAGCUCGCUGUCGCGGCCGCCAUGAAGCGGUACGCGGCCGAGCAGAAGGCUGCGGGCCAGAACCUCCUGUUCAUCGGGACGGUGGGCGACAACUUCUACUGGACGGGGGUGCAGCCAAGGUCCUGGGGCGACUCCUGGGCCGUGCCCUACGGGGUCAACGACCCUGCCAGCCCGCUGUUCCAGGUGCGGAGGGCGGCGGCGGAGGAGCACUAG